ACAGAGAACAUCUCUUCUCUUUGUGAAAGUUUUCAAUAAGUGUUGUUCGCCUAUUGAGAUAAAAUCAGAAUUUGAGGGAAACGAGGAGUAACGUGAUUGUUGACGGAAAAUGUGAUUAUUGACGAAAGAAGAACGUGAUUAUUCACGGAAAAUGAAAGAUGUAUACUCUGUUUUUUGAGGAGUUGAUUCAAAAUGAGCUGUAAUUCUGUACGAUUGAGAUACAACGAGCAGGAAGUAAUGCAAGAUUUAAUUUUGUAAACCCUCGAGACCGCAGCGGGGUCAUAAGACGUUUAUCGAGCAGAGUACUUGAUUGGGGUUCCUCUGUUGCAGGUACAUAUUGAGACUUGGUAAAAAAUCUAAGCAUUUGUAGUUCAAGAAUACCAGAAUCAAACUUUGAUAAGCACAAAGAUGGCUUUCAACCCGCCCCCUCGAACCGUCGGCAGUAAUGCUACGGCGAUAGCUGCAUUGGAGCCUUCUGGAGAUAACUCAUCUUCGUCGUCUUCGAGCGUCAGAUAUGCUGGGGAAGGCGUCCAUAAGUCGCCAGUAAAACACCAGAUUUAUACGUCAAGCGAAGAUGAAGGUGCUGGUGAGUUGAAUGCAGGACUUGGAAGCAGUCCUGGUAUAGGCGGACCGGCAGUAGGGGCAAGUAAAUUAAGGCGAUAUUAUAUUACGGUGUAUAGGUAGUCUUUAUGAUUGGUGGCUAGUACGAAGCACGUUACUAUGCAUCUUCCGCGAUGCACACGCAAACAGGUAACUGUAUCAGCAACGGUAAUAGUAUCAACUAGCAGAAGUUGUAGAUGUCUUUAUUUUUCGACUUUGCCGUUUUAUACUGUCAACAUAUUUCAUCUAAGCAACGUCGUCCAAGGCAAGAUGACGCCACAGCAAUUGGCUCAGUUGCAAGGCGAAAGCAAUUCGGGCGCAAGCGGUUCCGCUAAUAUGACAGACGUCGACUUAAACUUCAGCAGAAAUAGUCUUCCAGUUGUAGCUGAUCCUCCUGCGAGAUUGGCGGGAGCAAUCUCUCCAGGACAGAGGAGAGAAGACGACGACCGAGCAGCUGCCGCAGCAGAAAGAGAAGGACACAUAGAAAGCGCACGGAUGGUCGCAGGAGGAACAGUGUGCUACUGCGCAUUCUUUUCGCUGUUAUCGCUGAUAGUAGGAAUAUCAGACGGGUCGGUGGCAUUGAUUGGUAUGACGGGGUAGUGAAUAAUUGAAGAAUGCAAGAAUUGCACAACCGUUUGUUCAAGGUCCCGAUGCCCUCAUUAUCGCCCCCAAAGUUCCUUGAAAAAAUAGCUCGUGCAAUGAAUAGGGAUAUGAUAAACAUGGACCCAGAUACUUCAUGGUACUAUUGUUCUUGAUGUACCAACCCGAUCGGAGAUCUAACACCCAUUCAUCUUCCCACCCCCUUCUUCAAUACCCGGCUGGCGGUGGAGUUCGCUUUGGAUGGCCUAACAUCCAUAUUAGUUUUAUGGCGUUUCAAGAAGGGCAAAGCCAGGCAAUUUGCUUCGCAGUAUGAGCAAGCUGACUUUGCCGCGAAGCGCGAACGCAGGCGCGAGCGCAACAGUGGCAUCGGCAUUGGAAUCUCGUUCAUGCUGUCAGCGCUGUUUCUGAUUUUACGGGAGGAAUACGAUUUCGCUUGGUGUUAUAGAUCCAUGAGUGGGGCGAUGAGUGAUCGAGGUUUGUCAACUUUCUUGCCUCGAAGGAAAAGGGUAAGCAAUGCCACCUAUGGUUUUAUCAAAAGAUACAGUGUUGCCUACAGCAAGUUAUUUGUUUGUCCCAGCCUCCAUUCAUAUCCCUGCAUGGCGAUAUACAAACUGAGCGCUUGGGAUGAUCGGGGAGAACACGCCAAAGAGAAUACCGCGACAAGUUUUUACUCAGAAGCUAUCGCUUGGCCAUGCUGCAUAGUAUUCGGGAUAUUAGCAGCAGUCAAAAGACAAUUGGCGAUAGAACUAGGGAGUGCGGUGUUGUAUGAAGGUAUUUGUAUUGCAUUUGGUGUGGGGUAGAGACUACAUUAAAUUCUAUCAGACUCAAUACCUGUUGCACACGGCAACAUCCUUACCCUUUAUUGAGGACUCAGGACUCUUGUUUACUACCGAUCCCUGCUCCCAGUUGACAGGAAUUCAAUCUGAUUGAUGUUACUCCCAC